CUUAUAAAGAUGCUUCAAAGUACUUUACUAGGAAUCGAUUUAUUUGCUGGCAUAUUGGGCCAAAUUUUUUGGAACUAGUUGAACAUAGUUUUGACCUGACGCUCAUUCACAAUAGAAUCAAAUACAAACUAAGCGAGACACCAUUACUAGAAAGCAUUUCUAUUCAUGAAACUAAUGAUUCAGUAAUAAUUCUUAUGGUUACCCUGUCAAGUGUGCUUAAAUUAUCUUUUCCUCAUCCGAGAACAGUUUGCAAAGAGGAUCCUGUUUCAACUGUUACUAUGAAUGUUCAAUCUAUUUUUAGUGAAGCAUUAAUUCAAACUCAAUCAGCCCCUUAUAUGUUCCACUUGAUUCCAAGUGCAGGCUUGACAAAUUCGCUUAUGCCUCAUACUGCAACAUCAUGGAUGUCAAAUAAUGAAGCUUUGUUUGCUUUAGCGUACAGUACUGGAACAAUACUUAUUUUACGUCUAAAUGUACGCUCAGGCCAAAUGCACUCAAGUGAAAUAAAACAAGAAUCUAUAGUUCCUCGUUUCCUAAGUGGAAUUGCUACAGCUUUCCGUGGACGCUCAGCAGAUACUGACGUUUCUAUGUCUUUGGUCAUGCAUUCAUGGAAUCAUAAUUUUUAUUUAUUUUCACUGUCUCGAGAAGGACGUCUUCGGAUGUGGUCUUACGUAAAAUCUCAGUGUAUUGCAGAUAUUGAAGUAAUUCCAAACAACUACUCAUCAGACCAUCCUAUACAAAAUUUUGGUUUGAAGAAAUUUUGUGAUUCUGUCGAUGAUUUGUAUCUAUGUACUUACUUAAAACUAAACUCAAAAUGUGAAUUUUGUAUACUAAAACUAGUGGAUGAAAAUGAAGUUUUAUCGUUAGUCAAAAUUUCUACUUUGUUCUCAACAGAACACCAUCUUAUAGAUUUUUCGUUUACAAAUACUCGUUUAUGGGCUGUUUGGAAAACCACAGAGUUUCAUAGAUCAGUUGUUAAGCAUGCUACCAUUACAAAAAAAUAUGAACGACUUGAAUGUGUAUGGGAAUCAGCUAUAUUAGAACAAAUAUCUGAUACAGACUGUGUUAGCACUGAUCCCAGCAUUGAUCCGCGACAAGCGUAUAUUAAUCACAUAUUUAAACCUGGAAACUUUUCGUUAUUAGAUAUUACCAAAGCAUUAAAUGUUUAUCAAAAACAAAACUCUUUUAAUGAAUUAGUUCUAUCUUCAUUAGAACUAAAAGAAAAAGUGUGCUUAGCGGUAGAAUCAGAAAUUCAAGCUGAAAUAAUGGAUUAUGAACUAACUGACGAAGAUUACUUAGAAUGUGUGAAUCGCUGUUGGUCUAAAUUUUACUCAUGUGUUCAACAGUACCAUGAGAAUGGAUCACGCCCCGUCGGUGUAUUGCUUUUACCUGAAGUGCAUGGUAUAAUACUUUUAAAGAAAACGUCAUUUUCUCUUUUACGUCCAAUGGAAACGCUAGAACAAUUAAUGCUAUGCAAUAGUAAAACUCAUUCAGCACGAUUUAAAACUGUCCCAGGCUUUCUCGAGGAUGAUAGUCAAUACCAAGAUGUUAUGACUUUACUAUCAGCUUUAAUAACAAUUGAAGAACAUCUUACGGAUAAUUUUAGAUACCAUUUCAAAAAGGAACUUCACCAGUUAAACAGUCCAGAUGUGGUUAUCGAAAGAUUUUUGGCUGAAUCUGUGGUCGAAGCAAAUUGUAGAAUUCCAGGUUUAGAUUUUCAAUCAGAAAUCUUUCAGAUAAUAGAUAAUAUUCAAGACCUUGCUAAUGCAACUGGUAUUCUUAUUAGGCUAUUGACAUAUGAUUCACUACAAAAUAGAAAAUCAAAUAUGCACAAAAAGGAUGAUGAAUGUCCUCGUACUCUAUCUAAUGUUGACUAUUAUUUCAAGAGUCAAUUGGGAGUUUCAGUUAUAUCAAAAACUGUUUCACAGAUAAAUCUAAUAAGAUAUUCUCUUUGCAGAAAUCUUCUUAUUCUACAACAGAUUAUUUUAUGUCGCUCUGAACUGUUUGAUUCUCAAACCUUCAGUUGGAUAAGAUCAAAUGCUGCUCCAAAAGCUGUAGUUCUUAUGCAAGCAUAUCACGUUGUCAUGUGGAUAUGUGAGUGCGAAAUUCUUUCUUCACUACCACCGAAUUUCUUGGAAAGCAGCUUACAACGCCUCUCGAUUUUAAGACGUUCACAAGAAUUAAAUAUAACAAAGCAGCAUCGACCGUAUUCAUUGUUAGAGUCGUUUAUACAAUACAUUGUGAAAGAUGGGUCCUGUGUGAUGAGUGGUUUUCAUUUGAAAACAUCUAGUAAUAUCUAUUGGCAUAUUGGGAUGCUUGAGUGUGUAAAUCUCAUAUCUAAACUAAUUUGGCCUAUUUCAGAGGAUUUCCACUUUCCUGAGUGGCUUUUAUUUAGCUGUCAAUUUCCGUUGGUACAAGAAUACAUAAGAAUACUUGGCACUUGGUGCGAAUGGAACGGAACAUCAAGAAAAUUUAUUCUGGCUAUGAGUUUUUUAGAGAUGGGUGAAACUCAAAAAGCAUGUGAUAUUUUUUUAAGAGCCUUUAGUGGAGUCAUAAGUGAAAAAUAUAUAUUAGAAUUAUUAGUAACAGAUAGAAAAAUAUCAAAAAAUGAUGCUGUUGAUCACUACUUUUUGACAGUUAUAAAAAUGUUUGAACAAUUCAAUGCAUCUGAUUGUAUAACAACACUAGCAAUGAAUGCUUUAACUCUAGCAGAGAAAUAUAACCAAAACCUACCGACAUAUUAUUCCAUAAUUUUUACUCAACAUCUCGGUCUCCAGCAUUACACUGAAGCAUAUAAUUAUUUGAAUACAAAUCCGGAUAUUGAACGUCGUGUUGACUGUUUGAGACAACUAGUUGUAACUCUCUUUAACUACAAAAAAUUACUGGAUCUUUUAGCAUUUCCUUAUGUGGACAUGUAUCAAGAUUUAGAAAGAAUUAUGCAAGAUAGAGGCAGGAGUACUGAAGUAACCGCUAACAGUUAUUACGAUUUUUUGUACGGUUUCCACAUUAAUACAGGAAAUAUGAGAAAAGCCGCCUCAACGAUGUAUGAACAAGCCGUCCGUCUUGGUCAAGAACCUCCAGUAUUAUCAUUUUUAUUAAGACAAGCGCGUUGUUAUCUUGCUGCUAUGAACGCUUUGCAAUUGGUAGAUAAUGAUUAUAGAUGGAUAGUUCGACCAUUUUUUAAAAGAAAUUGUGAAGACAAGGAUUUUUGUUGGACUAAUAAAAAAAUUUUAGAUUCUAAUGACUUUCUCGGUCCGCGUCAAGUAUGGGUUCGCCUCAGGUGCCAUCAUGAUCUUAUUGUGUAA